AUGACUACUUCAUACACCCCAGUAUCCAUCACCUUCUCCGUUCCAACUUCCGAUCAUCAACCUCUAACACCGCUGUCGUCCCCAACACCAUUACUUCAAAUAACCAAAACCCUUGAAUGUCGCCAUAUCCCUACACCUUCACAGGUCAUCCAUGAAACUAAAGCAUUAUUUAAGCUCUCAUCACCAAUAGCCCUUACGUCUUUUAUCCUAUACACACGAUCCAUCAUCUCCAUGUUAUUCCUCGGCCACCUUGGUGACACAGAGCUAGCCGCCGGAGCUUUAGCCAUAGCAGUCGCUAACAUCACCGGCUACUCUGUUUUAUCAGGCUUAGCGCUUGGCAUGGAGCCGCUUUGUUCCCAAGCUUUUGGGGCCCACCGCCAUAAACUUGCAUGCCUAACAUUACAUCGCACUGUUAUCUUCCUACUUGUUGUCUCUAUACCCAUAACGUUUCUUUGGAUAAAUAUGUCACACAUUUUGAUAUAUUUACAUCAAGACCCUUCCAUCACACGUUUAGCUUGCAUGUAUCUAUUUUUCUCCAUACCCGACUUGGUAUCCAAUUCGUUUAUCCACCCAACCCGAAUUUACCUUCGGGCUCAAAGCAUCGCCUACCCGGUAACAAUCGCGUCCCUUAUUGGCACAAUAAUACAACUACCACUAAACUACAUCCUCAUUUGGCGGUGCCACUUAGGUUUGGUGGGUGUCGCCACCGCGUCCUCAGCCUCCAAUUUUGUUGUUUUGGUUGUGUUGGUCAUUUACAUUUGGUGGACCGGGUUGCAUUUACCUACAUGGAGCAACCCGACCCGUGAAUGUUUGACUGGGUGGCAACCACUGAUUAGGUUGGCAACACCGAGUUGUAUCUCGGUAUGUCUUGAGUGGUGGUGGUAUGAGAUCAUGACCGUACUUUGCGGGCUCCUUGUUGACCCACGGGCCACAGUGGCGUCAAUGGGCGUACUAAUUCAGAUAACUGCGUUUCUCUAUGUCUUUCCAUCAUCUCUAGGGCUUGCAGUUUCGACCCGAGUAGGAAAUGAGCUCGGAGCAAACCGGCCCGAUAAAGCUAGAAUCGCAGCCUUAGUUUCCAUUUUCUUGGCGGGCCUAAUGGGCCUAUCCGCAAUGAUAUUUGCCACAUCAAUGAGAAAAACAUGGGGGAAAAUGUUCACGAAUGAUUCAAAUAUUUUAGGGUUAACAUCGGUUGCCCUACCGAUCAUUGGUCUAUGUGAGCUCGGAAACAAUCCACAGACUGUUGCAUGUGGGGUGGUGCGUGGUAUUGCCCGUCCCACCACCGCAGCCAAUGUGAACUUAGGGGCAUUUUAUAUGAUUGGAAUGCCUGUAGCAAUUGGGCUUGGGUUUGGGCUUAGGGUUGGGUUUGUUGGGCUUUGGUUGGGCUUGCUUUCAGCCCAAGUUUGUUGUGCUGGGCUGAUGUUAUAUGUGGUAGGGAGGGUAGAUUGGGAAGAAGAAGCAAAAAAGGCAGAGAUGUUAACAUGUAACGAUGGUGAAAAUCGAGAAACUCCAUUAUAUUCUCCGGAAUGCAUCUAUGGAAAUGAGCCGGUAAUCCACCUAGUUGUGAUGACAUAA